AUGGCAGGCCUGCAACUGGUCACCCCCGCCUCCUCACCCAUGGGGCCGUUCUUUGGGUUACCAUGGCAGCAGGAGGCUAUCCAUGAUAACAUCUACACACCAAGGAAAUAUCAGGUAGAACUUCUUGAAGCAGCUCUUGAACAUAAUACUAUCGUCUGCUUGAAUUCUGGCUCAGGGAAGACGUUUAUUGCAGUACUUUUAACAAAGGAGCUCUCCCACCAAAUCCGUGGACGCUAUGAUGAAAAUGCAAAGAGAACCAUUUUUCUAGUGAACUCAGCCGCAUCUGUGAUUCAUCAAGCAGCUGCGGUCCGGACGCACUCUGACCUCCAGGUGGGAGAGUACGUCGAUGUGGAGCAGACCUCAAAGUGGAGCGACGAGCGAUGGAGACAAGAGAUCAUAGAGAAUCAGGUGCUGGUGAUGACUUGUCAUAUAUUCCUGCUCAUCCUCAAGAAUAAAAUAUUGCCACUGUCGAAAAUCAACUUGGUUGCAUUUGACGACUGUCACCUGGCGAUCACAGAGCACCCAUACUGUGAGGUGAUGAAGCUUUUUGAAGGCUGUGGAAGCCCCCGCGUCCUGGGUCUCACAGCCUCUAUCCUCAACGGAAAGUGCGACCCGCUGGAACUCGAGCACAAAAUACAGAACUUGGAGGAGAUCCUCAAAAGCAACGCUGAAACUGCCACCGACCUCGUUGUCUUGGAUCGGUAUGCCUCUCAACCCAGAGAAGUGGUGCUGGAUUGCGGCCCGUACGUGGACAGAAGCGGCCUCUCGUCUCGGCUGCAGAAGGAGCUGAACGAAGCACUGCAUUUUCUAAGUGACUGCAACGUCCCAGCGUCCCGCGAGGACCGGGACCCCACCUACAUCUCCAAACAGGUGUUGGGGGACUGCCAGGCUGUGCUGCAGGUGCUGGGCCCAUGGUGCGCGGACAAAGCGGCCGGCAUCAUGGUCCGCGAGCUGCAGAAAUACAUCAAACACGAGCAGGAGGAACUGGCACGCAAGUUCCUCCUGUUCACAGACACCACGCUGCGAAAGAUCCAUGCCCUCUGCGAAGAACACUUCUCCCCCGCCUCGCUGGACCUCAAGUUUGUCACACCCAAAGUGCUGCGGCUGCUGGAGAUCCUGCAUGAGUACAAGCCCUUCGAGCGGCAGCAGUUUGAGAGCGUGGAGUGGUACAACAACCGCAACCAGGACAAUUACGUCUCCUGGAGCGACUCGGAGGAUGAGGACGAGGACGAGGAGGUGGAGGCCAAGGAGCGACCCGAGGCCAACUUCCCCUCGCCCUUCACCAACAUCCUGUGUGGAAUCAUCUUUGUGGAGAGGAGGUACACCGCUGUGGUGCUUAACCGGCUAAUCAAAGAGGCUGGUAAGCAGGAUCCUGAGCUCACCUACAUCAGCAGCAACUUCAUCACAGGCCACAGCAUCGGCAAGAACCAGCCGCGCAACAAACAGAUGGAAGUGGAGUUCAGGAAGCAAGAGGAGGUUCUACGCAAGUUCCGCGCUCACGAGACGAACCUGCUGAUUGCCACCAGCAUCGUGGAGGAGGGCGUGGACAUCCCCAAGUGUAACCUGGUGGUGCGCUUCGACCUGCCCACCGAGUACCGCUCCUACGUCCAGUCCAAAGGCCGAGCGCGGGCCCCGGUCUCCAACUACAUCAUGCUGGCGGACAGCGAGAGAACCAAGUCUUUCGAGGAGGAUCUGACCACGUACAAGGCCAUAGAGAAGAUCUUGAGAAAUAAGUGCUCAAAGUCGGUAGAGGUGGGAGAGUUUGAAGUGGAGCAGAUUUUGGACGAUGACAACAUCCUCCCGCCGUACGUACUGAGGACAGAAGACGGAGGCCCCAGAGUCACCAUUAACACGGCCAUCGGUCACAUCAACAGAUAUUGCGCGAGGCUGCCCAGCGACCCCUUCACACACUUGGCUCCUAAAUGUAAAACUGGAGAGACUAAGGAUGGGCGCUUCCAGUCCACACUGUUCUUGCCCAUUAACUCUCCCCUGCGGGCUCCAGUGAGGGGCCCCGUGAUGAAUUGUGCCCGACUCGCAGAGAAAGCUGUUGCACUAUUGUGUUGUGAGAAGCUGCACAAAAUCGGUGAGCUGGACGAUCACUUGAUGCCUGUGGGGAAGGAGACGGUCAAAUACGAGGAGGAACUGGACCUCCACGACGAGGAGGAGACCAGUGUCCCAGGACGACCCGGCUCCACCAAGAGGAGGCAGUGUUACCCAAAAGCCAUACCAGUGUGUUUGAGGGACAGCUACGCGGUGCCCGGACAGACGUAUUACCUGUACGUGGUGGGGAUGGUCCUUACCACACCGCUGCCCGACGAGCUCAACUUCCGCAGGAGGAAACUGUAUCCUCCAGAGGACACCACCAGAUGUUUCGGCAUCCUCACCGCCAAACCCAUACCUCGAAUCCCCCAUUUCCCCGUCUACACUCGCUCCGGAGAGGUGACCAUUUCCAUCGAGCUGCAGAAAUCUGGCUUCAGUCUGAGCGCGCCGCAGUUGGAUCUGAUCACGCGGCUGCAUCAGUACAUCUUCUCCCACAUCCUGCGCCUGGAGAAACCCGCCCUGGAGUUCAAGCCCGUGCUGGCCGACUCGGCUUACUGCGUUCUACCUCUGAAUGUCGUGGGUGAGUCCAACACUCUGGACAUGGAUUUUAAAUUCAUGGAGGACAUAGAAAAGUCUGAGGCGCGCACCGGCAUCCCGACCACGCAGUACACCAAACAAAACCCCUUCUCCUUCAAACUGGAGGAUUACCAGGACGCUGUCAUCAUUCCAAGGUAUCGUAACUUUGACCAGCCGCACCGUUUCUAUGUGGCUGACGUGUACACAGACCUCACGCCCCUCAGCAAGUUCCCCUCGCCAGAAUACGAGACGUUUGCAGAGUACUACAAAACCAAGUACAACUUGGACCUUUCUAACCUCAACCAGCCGCUCCUGGAUGUAGACCACACCUCCUCCAGACUGAACCUGUUGACUCCCCGACACCUGAAUCAAAAAGGAAAAGCUCUUCCCCUGAGCAGUGCAGAGAAGAGAAAAGCCAAGUGGGAGAGUCUGCAGAACAAACAGAUUUUGGUCCCUGAGCUGUGUGCCAUCCACCCCAUCCCUGCGUCGCUGUGGAGGAAGGCUGUGUGUCUGCCCAGUAUUCUGUACCGCCUCCACUGUCUCCUCAUUGCAGAGGAGCUGCGCUCUCAAACAGCCACUGAAGCUGGAGUGGGCUCCCAGACCCUGCCUCCGGAUUUCAGAUAUCCAAACCUGGACUUCGGCUGGAAAAAAUCCAUUGACAGCAAGACUUAUAUUUCUUGUUCGGAGUCAUGUGAUGGGGACGAUGAAGAUCACUGUAAUCACAGAAUCAGUGAAAACACUGACUCUGACCCUGACGAACCCUGCACAAGGAACCUAACAAACGGCACUGCCACCGUCACCUGUGACAACGGCCCCCGAGAAGAGCACCUUCACCAUUAUGACAAUUGCCAACGCUCCCCUGAGCAGGAGAGCCCUGAAUCAAUACAAGUCACUACCUCAGCUCCUGUGCAGCCCGCUCCGAGCUCCUGUCCUCAGCCUGAAGAUGAUUGUACACAGAGGCCCUCAGAUUCUCCAGAGAAAACUACCUCACUCUGCCCCCGGGCAGCUGCGGCCCCCAGCGCACCCACAGCACCUUGUCCUGCUCCGGCAGGAGACUCUCCCAAAAGCCUGGGGCCAAACCCGGGGCUUAUCCUGCAGGCCCUCACCCUGUCCAACGCCAGCGACGGCUUCAACCUGGAGCGGCUGGAGAUGCUCGGAGACUCUUUCCUGAAGCACGCCAUCACUACAUAUCUGUUCUGCACCUACCCAGACGCCCACGAGGGACGCCUCAGCUACAUGCGCAGCAAGAAGGUGAGCAACUGUAACCUGUACCGCCUGGGGAAGAAGAAAGGUCUGCCGAGUCGCAUGGUGGUGUCCAUCUUUGACCCUCCUGUGAACUGGCUGCCUCCUGGUUAUGUGGUCAACCAGGACAAGAGCAGCACUGACAAACUGGACUCAGAUGAGCUCAAAGAGGAGGUUCUGUCUAACGGUCAGCCAGGGACGGACUUCGACGAUGAUGAGUGUGAGGAGGAGGAGGAGGAAGAGGAAGAGGAGGAGGAGGAGGAGCUGCUGUUGAAAGACGAGCCAAAAGACGAUGUGAACAUGGAGGACGAGCUGGAGUACUACAAGGAGCACAUCCGGUUUAUUGACAACAUGCUUCUGGGCUCCGGAGCCUUUGGCAAAAAGAUCUCCCUGAACACCUUCACCCCCACGCCGCCCCCUGGUCCCGGUCCCGGUCCCGACUCCCCGUACGAGUGGAAGGCCCCCAAGAAGCCCCCUCCCCACGCCUCGGCGCACUAUGCAGAGCCGGCCCACACCGAGGAGUUCGACUACAGCUCCUGGGACGCCAUGUGCUACCUGGACCCCAGCAAGGCAGGGGAGGAGGACGACUUUGUGGUGGGCUUCUGGAACCCGUCAGAGGAGAACUGCGGCGCGGAGCUGGGGAAGCAGUCUAUCUCCUACGACCUGCACACGGAGCAGUGCAUUGCGGACAAGAGCAUCGCAGACUGUGUGGAGGCACUGCUUGGCUGCUACCUCACCAGCUGCGGAGAGAGGGCCGCCCAGAUGUUCCUGUGCUCCCUGGGCCUCAAGGUGCUUCCGGUGGAGAGGAACCUUCUGGAGAGCCGGCCCGCCUCCACUUCCUCGCUCCCCCAGCUCCCAGCUCUGGACCUGGGCUACGGGUGGCUCAAGAUUCCCCCCCGCUCCCUGCUGGAGCACCCACACGCCCAGCGCACCCUGCACCACCUAAUCUCCGGCUUUGAGAACUUUGAGGCGAAAAUCAACUACACGUUUCAGAACAAGGCUUAUCUCCUGCAGGCCUUCACCCACGCCUCCUACCAUUACAACACAAUCACAGAUUGUUACCAGCGGCUGGAGUUCCUGGGCGAUGCCAUCUUAGACUACCUCAUCACUAAGCACCUUUAUGAAGACCCGCGGCAGCACUCUCCCGGUGUUCUCACCGACCUGCGCUCGGCCCUGGUCAACAACACCAUCUUUGCCUCGCUGGCCGUCAAGUACGACUACCACAAGUACUUCAAGGCCAUCUCCCCAGAGCUGUUCCACGUCAUCGACGAUUUUGUGCAGUUCCAGCUGGAGAAGAACGAGAUGCAGGGGAUGGACUCUGAGCUGCGGCGUUCUGAGGAGGACGAGGAGAAGGAAGAGGACAUUGAGGUCCCCAAAGCCAUGGGGGACAUCUUUGAGUCUCUGGCUGGGGCAGUUUACAUGGACAGCGGCAUGUCCCUGGAGACCGUGUGGCAGGUGUAUUAUCCAAUGAUGAGGCCACUUAUAGAAAAAUUCUCUGCCAAUGUGCCACGCUCUCCCGUGAGAGAGCUGCUCGAGAUGGAGCCAGAAACUGCCAAGUUCAGCCCCGCAGAGAGGACCUACGACGGCAAGGUGCGCGUGACGGUGGAGGUCGUGGGGAAGGGCAAGUUCAAGGGCGUCGGCCGCAGCUACCGCAUCGCCAAGUCUGCCGCCGCUCGCCGGGCGCUGCGCAGUCUCAAAGCCAAUCAACCUCAGGUCCAGAGCAGCUGA